AAGGAAAAAUUCUAUAAAACUACCUAUUCUAUACCUGCUUUUGCAUAAAACUACCUUUUCUAUUUUUUUUUUCAAAAAACUACCUUAUGUAAUAAUAUUGUUUGCAAAAGAGUACCUAUUAACGGAUUGGUUAGUGUUGACCGUCAAAACUGACGUUGACUAUCACGUGUGAAGCACGUGACCAAUUAAUUUGUGCUUCCUUCUUCAUUGCUGUGCUCAUCAUUUCAGAAUCCAUUUUCGAAUUCCAUAAGCUUUUCUCUUCUUCUUCGAAGAAAGCGGGUUAUCCUCUUCGAAAUAGCUGUUCAAAGCUCUUCAAUUCGCUCUCUUGUUCGUUGAGACAUCUUCCAGCUGAAGCGUCUAACAUUUAGAGAUAAAUCUGUAAAAUGAAGAAAUUGAAAAUCUGGAAAAAAGCAAGUACUUCGAAAAUGCAGCAUUCUGAGUUGGCAAAUGAGUUGGUCAAUGUUAGGAAGGAUGAGGCGGAGCUUGAAAGAAAUGAUGUGGCACAUGAGGUUGUGGAUGACCUGGAAAGAGCAAAUAUAGUUGUUGAUGUUGGGGAAAUGGGACCACCAAACACAUGUACGGGUUAUAAAGAAUGUAUUAGUGCUAACCCUAGAUCUGAAACAAAUAACUCAGAUGCUAUUUCAACCCUAAACCUUACACCAUUUGAGAGAGGUUUAACCCUACAACAAGAACUUUCUGAAUCUGAGGUUAGCAGUGAUGAUGACUACAAUUGCGGUGAUGAGGAUGAAUAUGAGCAUGAUUCAGAUUUGUUUGCAGAAAAUGUAGUUUAUGGUCUUGAUGAUGUGUUUAUAGGUGAUGAUGAAAUUAGAUUGUUAGUAGAUAAGGAGGUUGAUGAGGAAAACAAUAGAGACAUAUACGUUAAUGAUGAUGAAUUGGAGCUUGAAGAUGUUGAUUUGGGUGCAUUGAAUGUUGAUGAGGAAGGUAUAGCAAGCUAUCCUACAUUCAAUCCUGAGGUUGAUUUUAAGGGUAAGAUCGUUUUGUCUUUAGGCCUUAAGUUCCCUUCUACAUAUGUCUUUAGAAAAGCGUUAAGGUACCAUGCUAUUGAAUGUGGUUACAAUUAUUGUUACCUGCAUAAUGGUAGAUCUAGGAUAACUGUUUAUUGCUACAAUAGAUGCGAUUGCGUUAAAUCGAAAGGUAGAAUUGUGAACUGUGUUUGUGGGAACGAUAAGAAGUGUUUUUUUAAGGUUCAUGCUGUGAAGUUGAAAGAUGAGGAGACACUUCAAAUAAGGAGUUAUUUUCCCGAGCACACUUGUGCUCACCAACACCAAAAUAACAAAGUCACUGCUUUGUAUUUAGCUGAGAAAUACAUACAAGAUUGGAGGGAAAAUCCAAAUUGGGAAUUAAAGGCAUUUAAGAAACGGGUAAACAGGGAGUUAGGUUGUGAAGUGAAAUAUUCUAAAUGCUACAUGGCUAAAAGAAUUGCAAAGAAAAUGUUAGUCGGUGAUGCUAGUGAAGAGUAUAGCAGGGUGUGGGAUUAUGCGGAAGCAAUAAGGAGGUAUAACCCUGGAAGCACUGCAAUCGUCAAAUGCAUCGGAAUAGAGACACCUCCACCCUUGUUUCAAAGGAUGUAUAUAUGUUUGCCAGCAUGUAAGGAGGGUUUUGUUGCUGGCUGUAGGCCUAUUAUAUGUGUUGAUGGGGCGCAUUUGAAGGGACAAUUUCCUGGGAUUUUGCUUACCGCUGUAGGUAAAGAUGGGAACAAUAACAUCUUCCCUGUUGCAUGGGCUGUCGUCGAAACAGAAAACGUAGAAACUUGGACUUGGUUUCUAAAUCUCCUUGUAGAAGACCUAAAGUCGGUUAGUUCAUCAAGUAGUUGGGUGCAAGCAGGAUGUGAAGAUUUUACCUUCAUGAGCGAUAGGCAAAAGGGUUUGAUUGAAGCUUUAAACGCAGUGAUUCCUGAAGCCGAAAUUAGGUUCUGCUGUAGGCAUAUAUGGGCUAACUUUAAGAUUAAGUUCCCUGGAGAGUUGUACAAGCAUCACUUUUGGAAAGCAGCAAGAGCUUACAACAAGUUUGAUUUUGAUAGAGAAAUGAAUCAAAUAAAGAAUAUUUCUGUUCAAGCAUAUGAAUAUCUAGCUGCUAUUCCUGCUAAACACUGGUCUAGGCAUGCUUUUCCUAUUAGGAGUAAGUCUGGGAUGUUGUUAAAUAAUUGUUGUGAGUCAUUUAAUAAUGUGUUAGUAGAAGCUAGGGGAAAGCCCAUCAUUUCUCUUAUGGAGUGGAUUAGGAGAUAUGUGAUGCAACGGAGUGCAGCCAAAAGAGAAGGAUUGGGUAACUUUAGAGGUGUGUUAAUGCCAACAAUCUCCAAAAUGAUUGAAAAAAAUUCAAAGGAAAUAUAUGGUUUGAGAGUAAUCCCAGUGGAUGUGUCUGAGUUUGAGGUGGACGAUGAUGAAAAAAGUUACGUUGUGAAUUUGACCAAUAAGACAUGCCUCUGUGGAAGUUGGAAUCUUCUUGGGAUCCCUUGCAAACAUGCCAUGGCUUGUAUUUGUAUUAGAAAAUUGGAUGCUACUGAAUUUGUCCAUCAAGCGUAUCUUGUAGAAACGUAUGCAAAGACGUAUGCUCCGAAGUUUUAUGGUAUGCCAGGACGCGAAAUGUGGCCGACAACCACUUUAGCAAAACCUCUUCCUCCACCAUUUCGAAAGAUGCCUAGAAGGCCUAAAAUGAAGAAAAGAAAAAAGGAAAACGAUGAAGGUAAAGGAGGUAACAAUCCUGUAAAUGUUGUUCGAGAAUUCAAGCAACGAAGAUGUGGUAAUUGCGGUAACUUAGGCCACAACAAAAGAAAAUGCAAGAAUCCAGCAAAAUCAAAUCCAACUGGGGGAAAGUCAAAGGGUGGAAGGCCUAAAAUGGGAAAUCCUUGCACCAGCAGUCAACAAACGCAAACCGGAACAGCAACAUCCACUUCAUGUAUAGUGGAUCAACAAAGUCAAAUAUAGAGCUGUAUUUGAAUUGAUAAUGUACUAUGUUUCUUUGAAUUUAAUGUGCUGAAUUAAUGUAAGACAUAUACUCUAUUUUUAGAAGAACAGCAUGUAAUCAAAUGUUCUGUGGAGAUUUGUGCUUUGCUGAAUUAAUGUAAGACAUACACUGAGAUCAAUGUGAUUGUGUUGAG